GAGAUAGCUAAGACAUGGCGGACGAUCUUCGAAGCAGAAUAAUGGGUGAUGAAGCACGGACAAACAGUGUGAUGAAGACGAUGAUCCUCUUUAGCUUGUCCAUGAUCUUCUUCCCAGUUUUCUUGUAUUUCUUUUCCAAAAGCAUGUUCUUUCAAGGAGUCAUGGGGAUUUCCAGUCAAGACAGCUCUUUCUAUGCAGCAUUUGUUGCUAUAGGAACAGUACAUAUCAUACUAGGACUUUUUUUGUACACAGCAUUUACAGAGGACACUACAAGGCCUUCAGAUCUAAAGGCAGACUAGGAAGAUUGUGCUUACAAGCUAUCAUACAUCUGUAUGAUUGAAUAUAAAAGGGGUAGAUUUCUAUGUAUUAGGGGUAUACAUGUACAUGUAUACAUGUAGAUGAAAAUGGGUGAUUGAACAAUUAGUGUAUGUGCAAUAUUGAUUAAGUAUUUGAAUACAGUUGUACAUUUUUGAUUAUAAAUAUCAAUCAUAAGGGUUAAUAGUGUAAAUAACGUUCAGGAACCUUGUACUUUCUAAAGCAGAUGUGUGCUAGACAGUCCAAUUUCAUCAUUAGUAAAUUGAAAACAGAUUGAGGAUUAACAUAACAUAAUGUCUGAAGUUUUAAAUUUUAAAGAAGUCAUAAAAUACAAUGUUAAAUUCCUUUGUAUCAUCAUACACAUACAUGUCAUUACAGUUUAUGAUAAUUAUAUCAGUUUUAUGUAUGGUUAUCUAUCCAUGUACAAGUUCAGACUGAUUGAUAAGGCCAAAAAAUUUAAUAGUUUCUCAGGCACCGCCGCGUCAGGUCAAAAACUGCCCCAUUGAUCAAUUUUAUUGAAAUAUUGAAAAGGGAAAUAACUCAAUUUUCUAAUUUUCCAGGUUGAGAAAGAAAAUCGAGUUAUUCCCCUUGUCAUAAAUGCUUAUAGAUAGACGUUUUUAUUAGAUAAACAAUAUACCGUAUAUACUCGCCUAUAAGUCGGUUUUUUGGGAGUUGAAUUUUGGUCCAAAACUCUAUGUCCGACUUAUAGGCAAGUCAUAAAAAAUUGGCAUUAUUUUGAACGGCAACAUGUAGUAUUUUAUAAACCUGUCCGACGAUAAUCAUUGAAUAAAGUCUGGAUAUAUUAUAUCAUUUUUUGUAUUCUAAGAUUAUGCAUGAAGUACAAGUAUUUACAUAUUUCAAUAAUAUAAUUUUUCUCUUAAGUGUGCGUUAGUUAUUUUUUUGUAAUGAUUUAAAAUUAAAUAUUGGCAUCAUUUCUAAAAAAAAAAAACUUAAACCAGGUUAAAACAUCAUUAAAACAUUGAUUUGAAAUUGUCAGUUGGUUCUUGCAAAAAGUUGUACUGACUUAUAUGCGGGUAAAUUGCAAAUCCCUCCAAAAUAACCUCAAAAAUUACAACCGACUUAUAGGCGAGUAUAUAUGGUAUUUCUUGUUAAUACAAUAUUUUUUUAAUUAACUUUUAAACAAAUGUUUGGAAUAACAUUAUAUAAAGUUGAAUACAUAUGAUAAAUGUAAGAGAACAAAAAAGUAAGAAUCAGUUGAAAUCAUCAUUUUGUUGAACGACUGACAAAAAAAGAUAAAACACUUGCUUAAAAAAAAAACAACAACAACAACAAAAAAAACUGCCUGCCGCAUUGAAUUUUGAAAUUUUUGACCUGAGAAACUUAUAUUCAUUACAAAUUUACAAUGUAAUUUUUUUUUGGCCUAAAGAAAACCAGGUACAGUUUAAAUCUUACUACCUUGUUUACAAGUUAUCAUUGAAAACCAGACAUUGUUUAUAUUUGCUUCGUAUUAGAUAUGUGGACAGAACAGUUAUUAAUGGCUUGUUAAGAUUGGUGUUUGGUGAUAGUACUUUUAUUAAUAUAUGAGCAUCUCUGUCUCUUGAUUUGUUUGUGUGAUUCUAAUGAAACUUCACUAUUGAAUACACUUGAUUUGCUGCUUCAUCGGUUUUUUCACAUGUACAUUCCAUAAAAUGAAGAUUUUUGCCUUACAAUGUUUUAAAUGAGAGAUACAUGUAUAUUAUUACUAACUUUGAUUUCCUGUUAAUGAAAUUUUCAUACAUGCAAGUAUGACUAUAUUUUAUACCAAUAUGUAUCCUUUAUAAAACAGUGAUGAUUUUCAAGAAAUCAUUAUUCAUUUCUUGAUGUUUGCAUCCAAACUUAUCUGUUUCUUUUUAUGGUUCCAUUUCCAUGGCAAUGAUGUCAUAAGGCAUUGCUAUAAUUGUUACACCAAUAAGUUUUAAAGUACAUUUUCUAUCAUUUGUAUUGACUAUUAUUUGUAAAUGUUUAAUGAUUUAAAAAAAAAAUCAAAGAAAAUCCAGUAUGCAAAAUAGAA